AUGGCUUGGUUUGCAUGGUUGUAUCAAAUGCUGUGCAUUCUCUUGUUUUCCCUAAAACUUCAAGCUAUUUUGUCAGCCUCUUUACCUUCAUCAACACAUAUAGAUGAAGGUGCUGCUUUACUACAAUUUAAGAGCACCUUUUCUCUUAACAAUAUGUCUUCUUCUGGUUGUGGUCUUGUUGGUAUUAAAUCCUAUCCGAAGACAAACUCUUGGAAGAAUGGUACAGAUUGUUGCUCAUGGGAUGGGGUUACUUGUGACAGUGCCACAGGUUAUGUGAUAGGCUUGGACCUAAGCUGCAGCUGGCUUCUUGGCAGCAUCACUUCGAAUAGCAGCCUUUUCCUCCUUCGAAACUUGCAGAUGCUGAACCUUGCCCAUAAUGAUUUUAAAGCCUCCACGGUUUCUUCUGAAUUUGGUAAUUUUGCUAGUUUGAUGCAUCUUAACCUCUCCUCUUCAUCGUUUUCUGGGAAUGUUCCAUCUAGUACUUCUCACCUGUCUAGCUUGGUUUCACUUGACCUCUCUAACAAUUUUUUCCAAAUGACAAUUGAAGAACCUACUUUCAGAAAACUUGUUCAGAAUCUAACUGAAAUUAGAGAAAUCUUUCUAGAUCAAAUUAUCUUUGGGUCAUUUGAACUUGGUUCCUUGAUGAACGUGUCUUCUUCUUUGACAUCUCUAAGUCUUAACUAUUGUGAGUUGCAAGGAAAAUUCCCAGAAUACGUUUUUCACCUACCUAAUCUCAGGUUGCUUAGUUUGCACAGAAACCCAGAACUCAUUGGUUAUAUUCCAAAAUCCAAUUGGACUGGACCCUCAGAGUUUUUGAGCCUUUGGGACACAUCUUUCUCUGGAGAGUUGCCUGAUUCAAUUGGCAAUCUGGAAUCUUUAAAGCAUUUGAAUUUUGCCUUGUGUAACUUUUCUGGGAGAGUGCCAAGAUCAUUGGGAAACCUCUCGAAACUUAUUCAUCUAGAUUUCGCAGCUAAUAGUUUUAGUGGCCAUAUCCCAUCCUCACUCAUAAACUUGACAGAUCUUACAUUUCUUCGGCUUUCAACUAAUCAACUAGUUGGUUCUAUUCCUAAUAUGGCAGCUUUGUUUCAUAGAAUACUUUAUAUAGACUUGUCUUAUAACUCACUUAAUGGAACAUUGCCAUCUUGGUUGUUUUCCCUAUCAUCAUUACAGUACUUGUAUCUCCAUAAUAACCAACUCAUUGGUCGUAUCCAUGAGUUUCAGCAAACAUCAUUGAUAGAAGUAGAUAUGAGAAACAACAAAUUCCAAGGUUCGAUUCCCAGCUCCAUAUCCAGACUGGUGAACCUCACUGAACUCGAUUUGUCAUCCAAUAACUUGAGUGGCAAUUUAGAGUUAGACAUGUUCUCAGAGCUCAAAAAUCUUCUUUUUCUAGACCUUUCACACAAUAGUUUAUCCUUGUCCUUUAACAACAAUGACAGUCCUAUAUUGCCUGUUAGCCUCGAGUUUUUGUUUUUGUCAUCUUGCAAAGUAGAUGAGUUUCCAAAAUUUUUAAAAGUUUUAACCAAUUUGCAACAGUUAGACCUUUCUCAUAAUGGUAUUCAAGGACAUCUGCCCAAAUGGGCAUGGGACAUGGGGAAGGAUUCAUUGUCUUAUCUAAAUCUUUCUCACAACUUGUUGACAUCUUUAGAGGAAAUUCCUUGGAGACAUAUUGAAGUUAUGGACUUCCGAUCCAACUUGAUUGAAGGAAAUCUUCCAGUUUUUCCUCUCUCAACAGUUUUCUUUUCAAUCUCAAACAACAACUUGAACGGGCAGAUCUCUUCUCAAAUUUGCAAUGUAAGUUUCCUUGAGGUGCUCGACUUGUCUCACAACAAUUUGAGCGGAACCAUCCCAGAAUGCCUCGGAAGCUUUAAUGCAAGUCUUUCAGUAUUAAAUCUAAAGAUGAAUAAUUUUUCCGGAACCAUUCCUUCGAGAUUUGCAGAGGAUUGUGGAUUGAAAAAUAUCAACAUCAAUUCAAAUCGACUAGAAGGAACAUUGCCACGAUCUAUGGUGAAUUGCAGAAACAUUGAAGUUCUUGAUCUUGGAAACAAUAUGAUGAACGAUACAUUUCCUCAUUGGUUAGGAAAUCUCUCAGAAUUACAAGUUCUCGUCUUACGUUCAAAUAAGUUGCAUGGUUCCAUACGUGGUUGCGAGACCGAGAACUGUUUUUCCAACUUACGAAUCUUAGACCUGUCCAACAAUGAUUUUAGCGGUUCUCUACCAAGCAAGUACGUUGAAAAUCUGAAGUCAAUGACAAAGAUUGGGGAAGGCCAAAGUCCUUAUUUGGAAUUCGUGAGUGAUAUUGGGAAUCAGUAUGGUUACUCCUAUGAUUAUUCUGUAAGUGUGGUAAUGAAAGGACACGAUAGGGAACUCGUAAAAAUUUUGAAAAUAUUCAAGAGCAUUGAUCUCUCAAAUAACAAGUUUCGAGGAGAAGUUCCAAUAUCCAUAGGAAAACUUGUUUCACUUAAAGGACAAAACUUGUCUCACAACAGCUUCUCUGGUCAUAUCCCUUGGACGAUGGGAAACCUGAAUGCUCUUGAGUGGUUAGACCUCUCCUCAAAUAAGCUGGUUGGGAAGAUUCCAAAGCAAUUGGUAGACUUGACAUCACUUUCUUCCCUGAACCUUUCCGACAACCAACUUGUUGGACCCAUACCUCAAGGUAAACAAUUCAAUACAUUUGAAAAUGGUUCAUUCGAAGGAAACUUGGGGUUAUGUGGAUUUCCAUUGUCCAAAGAUUGCAAAGAAGACGAGGUAGGGCAACCAGUACCAUCAUCUGUAGAUGACUCAGAAUCCGAAAAUGGAUUUAGCUGGAUGGUUGUUUUAUUGGGUUAUGGAUGUGGAUUUCUUUUUGGAGCCAUGGGACAUCUUGUAAUUCGAAGGGGCUAA